AUGCUGGAGAAACUUGGUCAAUAUGCGGAAAAGCUCUGCUUCCCUCAUCACCAAGCGCGUGACAAGGUAUUCGAUGCACUUUGCCCAAAGCUUGAUGGCACCGGCGAAGUGCAUCUGUUUGUUGAAAUUCAGGAGAUUUUUGGGCGCGAUGUACAAGCUGUAGUUGAGGAAAUGAUCAUUGUGGUUCUCACUGAAGUGGCCACAGCAGGCAUUCCGCCGGGGGGAACAACCCCUUUGGCGAUCGUCCUUGAGAAGCCACCUGACGUGCCCUGCACAGGCCGUGUCUUGAUUAAGCCAAAAGAUGGGAAAGCUCUUCUUGAAAAUGAG